AUGCAGAUGGACAGUCGAAGGGUUGAAAGUUCCCCUGGUCUUUCCACUGGACUCUCCCCCGGUCUAUCCACUGGUCCUCCCACCACCGGGGACAGUCCUGAGAGCAGCAGUGACAGCGACAGCACCAGUGAAGGCUCUUGUCUCGGUUCGAUGACGGCCGAUGGACAGAAUCACUACCUGAGACUCGGAAACACACCUCGCUGUCGUUCUGCGCUCAGGCUUUCUCGCAUCAUCGCUCGACAACAACUUCUGCGCAAACUGACCAGAGAGAUUGAGGCGAAGGAGGCCUGUGAUUGGCUGAGAGCGGCAGGAUUUCCACAGUACGCCCAGCUCUACGAAGAUGCGCAGUUUCCCAUCGACAUUUCUUCCGUCAAAAGGGACCAUGAUUUCCUGGAUCGGGAUUUGGUGGAGCCGCUGUGCCGGAGACUCAACACUCUCAACAAAUGUGCCUCCAUGAAGCUGGACGUGAGCCACCAACGGAAGAAGGGAGAAGACUCGGACGAAGAUGACCCGUUGGCGAUCAGCAAGAGAUGGACGUUCGAGUGGAGCAGCCGCCGAUGGUCGCGCCUCCAAGACUUCCUCCUGGACUCCACCAAUGACAGCAGCCCGACGGGGGGGCAGGGGGCGGGGCUUCACACCACCGUCAGCAGCGAGAGCGUCCUGACCGACCUGAGCGAGCAAGAAAUCACAGAGAUCUCCUCCAUCCACAGCGAGGACUCCACGUUAGCGCUGCCCGACUCCGUUUCCAUGGCGUCGCUGUCGGCUUCGUACCAACCGCCGCGAGAACUCACACAUUACAACACGCUCCCGGUGAAAAGACACGGCGGAAAAAGCAAAGCCAAGGAGUUUUUGAAGAAGAUGGAGUUGAUGCGGACGUGGGGGCCGUCAACCAGGAGGAAAAGCGCCAAUCGGAGGCCGGUUUUGGUCAUUAGCGGGCCGGUUUUGCAAGGGGAGGAGCCACGUGCGCUACGGGUGCUACAAUGUACGCCCAUUAGCCAAUUAGAAAGCAGCAACAAGCUAAGCUACCAAGAAAACGAUGACAGUAACAAGCUAAGCUACCAAGAAAACGGCGAAAACAGUGGCUCCGUCAGUCCUGUUAGCAACCACAAAGACUCGCCCGUAGCAGAUAGCCUCGAUGUUGAGACUUCCGCGGUCAACGAAAUGCGUCCCAAACAGCGGACGGCGAACAAAAGAAGCAGUAAGUAUUUGGAGGACAUGGAGCUACCCUCCCAGGGUAAAAGAACAGAUAUUGUGCAAGCCCAGUUUGGGAAAAACCAGUUCCAUUCAUACGAAAACCUCCUUAUUCACAUCCCCAAAGACCACAAACCCGGCACUUUCCCGAAAGCACUGUCGAUUGAGAGUUUAGCGCCCGCGUCUGGGGAAGCUAGCCCGCGGAUGGAGGCUCCCAAGAACGGGAUUGGUCGAGAACAUUGGUCAGGGAAGGCGCUUUCAAAGACGUGUCCUGGAGCGCCACGCGGAAGUCGAGUUAGCGUCUACGAUAACGUGCCGGGAUCGCAUUUGUACGCCAGCACCGGGGAUCUGCUGGACUUGGAGAAGGAGGAAAACCUGUUCCCACAUUUGGACGAUAUUAUUCAACACGUGAGCGGCCUGCAGCAGAUCGUGGAUCACUGGAGUCGGAGCGUUCUGCCCGAGGGGGAGAUGGGGGAGGAGGAGGACCGGACCACCCCCAGCGAAGGGGACAGGGACGCUGUGUCGCUCAAUGACACAGACUCCACUGGGACCAGAGAGAGACGGGACUCCGGGGUGGGGGCCUCUCUCACCAGGCCGCGUCUGCGAUGGCCCAGUUUCCGGAGCUCGGAUCACCAGCCGUCCUCCUCGCUCCUCAUCAGCAGCCAAUCAGCAGGCCAGCUCAGUCUGCUGCAGAAGUUCUCUCUGCUCAGACUCACGGCCAUCAUGGAGAAAUACUCUAUGUCCAACAAACACGGAUGGACCUGGUCUGUGCCCAAGUUUAUGAAGCGCAUGAAGGUUCCCGACUACAAAGAGAAGAGCGUGUUUGGAGUCCCACUGAUCGUCCACGUCCAGCGCUGUGGCUUCCCUCUCCCCCUGUGCUUACAGCAGGCCCUGAGCCACCUCAAAACACACUGUCUGGACCAGGUGGGGCUGUUUCGUAAAUCCGGGGUGAAGUCUCGCAUCCAGGCCCUGAGGCAGCAGUGUGAGUUGUCGCCGGACUUUGUGAGUUACGAGGACCAGUCUGCGUAUGACGUGGCCGACAUGGUCAAGCAGUUCUUCAGAGACCUCCCAGAGCCGCUGCUCACCAGCAAACUGGGAGAGACCUUCCUCCACAUUUACCAGUACGUCCCGAAGGAGCAGCGGCUGCAGGCGGUGCGGGCGGCCAUCUUGUUAAUGCCGGACGAAAACAGAGAGGUGCUUCAGACGCUGCUUUUCUUCCUCCGGGACGUGACUUCAUUGGUGGAAGAAAACCAGAUGACUCCCAUGAACCUCGCCGUGUGUUUGGGACCAUCGCUGUUUCACCUGAGUUUACUCAAGAACGAGACGCUAUCACCGAGGUCUAUACAGAGAAAGUACACAACAGGACGUCCUGAUCAGAAAGACUUGAAUGAGAACUUGGCUGCGACUCAGGGUCUGUCUCACAUGAUCGCAGAGUGCCACCGACUCUUCCAGAUCACGGAGGAGAUGGUGACUCAGUCCAGGAACUCGUACAUGGAGGCCGAGCUGCUGGCGCCCCCUCUGGACGAGCUGGGGAAGGUCCACGACGAGGAGGAGGACGAGGAGGAUGAAGAGGAGGACGAGGAAGGCUCCUAUCACACGCACAUCGAAAACUUGAUCCAAAGUCUCCUGAAAGAGGCCAAAGACAAGAGCAAGAGCUGGAUGUCCCGCCCCAUCAUCGACCACACGGAACUGGCCUUCAAAAAGGUGGGAGAUGGGAACCCGCUGCGUCUCUGGAGGAUCGGCGUGGAGGUGGCGGCCGCUCCCUGUGAGGUGCUGCAGCGGCUGUUGAAAGAGCGCCCCCUGUGGCAGAGCGACCUCCUGCAGGAGAAGGUGCUGGAGACGCUGGACAGACAGACAGACGUGUAUCAGUUCUCCUGCCGCAACAUGGCCCCCCAGUCCUGCUCCGACUACGUGGUACUAAGAUCCUGGCGCACAGACCUGGGCAGAGGCGCCUGUGCUCUGGUGACGGCGUCUGUGGACCACGAGGACAGUGCCGGGACUGGAUCAGUGCGAGGCGUGGUCCUGGAGUCGCACUUCCUCCUGGAGCCCAGUGGGACCGACCGCACCAGACUCACCCACCUCUGCAGAGUGGACCUCAGGGGGAGGUCUCCGGAAUGGUACAACAAAGCGUUCGGUCACCUCUUGGUCAACGAAGCCCACAGGAUCCGCUCGUCCUUCCAGAACUCAGAUCUGAACCAGAACCUGCUCUCUCCUCCACAGACCUGCUCUCUCCUCCACAGACCUGCUCUCUUCUCCACAGACCUGCUCUCUCCUCCACAGACCUGCUCUCUCCUCCACAGACCUUCUCUCUCCUCCACAGACCUUCUCUCUCCUCCACAGACCUGCUCUCUCCUCCACAGACCUUCUCUCUCCUCCACAGACCUGCUCUCUCCUCCACAGACCUGCUCUCUCCUCCACAGACCUGCUCUCUUCUCCACAGACCUGCUCUCUCCUCCACAGACCUGCUCUCUCCUCCACAGACCUUCUCUCUCCUCCACAGACCUGCUCUCUCCUCCACAGACCUUCUCUCUCCUCCACAGACCUUCUCUCUCCUCCACAGACCUGCUCUCUUCUCCACAGACCUGCUCUCUCCUCCACAGACCUGCUCUCUCCUCCACAGACCUUCUCUCUCCUCCACAGACCUGCUCUCUUCUCCACAGACCUGCUCUCUCCUCCACAGACCUGCUCUCUCCUCCACAGACCUUCUCUCUCCUCCACAGACCUGCUCUCUCCUCCACAGACCUGCUCUCUCCUCCACAGACCUUCUCUCUCCUCCACAGACCUGCUCUCUCCUCCACAGACCUUCUCUCUCCUCCACAGACCUUCUCUCUCCUCCACAGACCUGCUCUCUCCUCCACAGACCUGCUCUCUUCUCCACAGACCUGA